UUGUCCAGCAGGGGGCGGUGUGAUGAUGCUCAGCUGUCGGCGGAGCGCCGUUCAUCAGCAGCAGAAGAAAUCACCGGGAAACUGCGCUCUCACGCUUUCAGCGCGGUACAUAGAGAAUUAAACAUCACUGACAGGAUCGAUCGUCAUGUCCCAGAAGAAGAGAGCGGUUUCAGCUUCACAGAGCAAAACUCAGAGACGCUCUCAGGUAUCUCUGGAUGAGGAUGACGAGGCUGCUAAUUUUAGCCAGAUAACCUCAUCUCAGGUCCAGCGAGCCCGAGAGAACUUCACGCCUGACCAGAUCGACCGCAAGGUGGCAGAGGUGGUCCAGUUCAUCUUAAUUAAAGACCAAAAAAAAAUACCCAUUCGAAGAGCAGAUAUUGGCAAACAUGUGAUAAAGGAAUACAAAGCCAUCUAUACAGAAAUCAUGAACAGAGUUUGCCGCAAAUUUGAUCAGGUGUUUGGAUUAAAGCUGGUGGAGAUUGACCCCAAAAGUCACAUUUAUAUCCUGAUUAAUAAGCUGGAGCCCAUUCAUGGAGAGCCAGUGAGCAUGCGUCCUGGAAACCCAAAGACAGGCCUGCUGUUUGUCAUUCUGAGUGUCAUCUUCAUGAAGGGCGGUGUCAUUAAAGAGAAUCUGGUGUGGAAUACACUAAAGAAGCUGCGGGUGGAUCCAGGGGAAAAGCAUGACGAGUUUGGUGAUGUAAAGAAGGUGGUCACAGAUGAGUUUGUACGGCAGAAAUAUUUAGAGUAUGUGAAGAUCCCUCACACAGAGCCGGUGGAGUAUGAGUUUCGCUGGGGUCUGCGGGCAGAGAAGGAGGUGUCCAAACUCAAGCUACUGGAGUUUGUUGGAGAGCUUUUUGAUCAGGAUCCUCAGAGCUGGACACAGCAGUUCAGAGAGGCCAGUGCCGCUGAGACCAGCAGCCAGAGAGCAUGAAAACCUUGUGAUGUGCAUUUAUUAGCCAUAUUUAAAUAGACCUUCUUAUUUAAACUGAGGUUGAAGAAAAACAUGCUUUAAUACGGAACUUUUUUGGAGCUCUCUUGUUUUGUCAAAAAAAAUUUACACUUGUAAAAUAUUUUAAUUACAAUAUUUCUUGUUUAUAAAUAAAGUUAUUUUACAAUUCUCUUGUUGGCAGUGUUCACAGUGUUAUUUUACAGAAGUCGGUGUAGAGGUAAUGUGGUCAAAAGUAUGUGGACACCCUCUUAUAUUUAACAAGUUUGACUAUUCCAGCCAUUUCUGUGAGGACAAUUCAGUGCUACAAAUUGAAAAUGCCACUCCAGAGAAUUUUGUGCUUUUUUGUUCCAAGGCAUGGGAAUGAUAAUAUCUGUGUGCACAAAGCAAGGUCUGCACUCUGCAUAGAAAUACUUUUUCAAGUCUAGUGUGGAAGAACUUCCCCUGCACAAAGCCCAGACGUCAGUGUGGCUCAGAUCUGAGCUUUGGUCAGACCAGUAAUGUUUUACCACACUCUGGUUCAGUAAUGCAUUUCUACAUGGUUUCUAAAUAGCAGCAACAGUGGAUGAAACAAAGAGAGGCUACAAAUCAUUCAUGACCUUAAAAUUUAUAUAAACUACAACAUAUCCAUUUCAUAC